AAAAUUAAUGUUUUAUGGACUUACGGUUUAAGAAAAAUGCAUAAAACAUCAAUUUUUGAACUUGAAUAUAAAAAUCUGCCAACUUUUUUUGUCAGGAGUCUUAUAUAACUGAUUUUUAUGCAUUUCCGCAAAAAUUGGCUCAUUCCAAGACAAAAAAUAACAAAGUUGUCAAAACGUUCAAUCUGUGAGAGUGCAGCUUUAAACAUGUAUAUCAACUUUAAUCUGUUUUAACGAUUAUUUGUCAAUUAAAUAUCUUAAAUGUACCUUUUUAAAAACAACGGGCUUUAAUUUAUUUAAGGUAUUUCAAUUGAUUGGAUUAAUACCGUGUGGUUAUUUUCAUAUGUAUGAUCGCAUGAGUCAACAAUAAAAAUGAAACCGAAAGUAGAUUUUCCAAAAAUACCUGUUUCAUGGGGAUUUCCGCAGAUUUCAUUUCGCCAUCUUAAACAUAUUUGGUUGUGUUUAUCACUUUAGCUCACUCCAGGAUUUGGUUAAGGGGACAAGCUCGAUUAUACCCACAGGUGUUUGACUACAAAUAGCAGAGGUCACAGGAAACUUCUAAAGAUGGACCGUGAUCCUGACCAUAAAGCCUGGAUGUCGCUCCGUCUAUCUCGUGUACUGGACGAUAUUGGCGUAAACCGCCGGGUGGUGAGGAAAAGGCGAGAAACCUUCCUGCUGAGAGAGGCAGUAGAAACUAUAACGGACAAAAUAUCUGUUGAAAACAUGACUAGCUUCCAUUUCGGCAGCCAGUCAGAGGGAACUACAACGUUAGGGAUGAAUUCAGAUAUUGAUCUGCUUGGAUGCGAUAAUGAGACCAACAUCAUGUCUGACUGGUUAGACUGGGAGGACGGGAUUCAGAACUUUCUAAUGGUGAAGGAGGAGUCAACUCCGCCACAACACUACUGGCUACAGUGGAUCAGAAAAGACUCUCCAGAACCUGUCAGAUAUAACGGACAGGAAAAUUGCUUACCGCAUAUAGAUGGACGAGUGUUUGUAAGUAAUAAAAUAUGGCAAGAUGAAGGUAAACGGAAAUAUGGAAAUGACUUCAGAUGUAGUGGUCCUUCAGUAAGUUUCUGUGAAGAAUGGGAUAUUGUUCACGCUUACAAAUGUAAAGUUCUUCCUCCGGAAGUUGACCGAUGGUUUCACCGUCCCAGGCGUGGCCAUUGGCCUACACCGGAAAUGAUGCAGGCUGCACGGGAAUGCUCUUGUUUUCUUGUUCCUGAUGGACAUUUUGAGAGUCUAAAUGAAAAUAUUGAAUGGCGAUUAUCACCAAGCCAAAUAGAACGGAUUCUUGUUUUUAGUUUUACAACAGUGCAGUUAAAAUGCUAUGUUGUCUUGAAAAUGAUAAAAAAAUAUAUAAUGGAACAAUAUUUAAGUCAUCAUAGUAAGCUAACUUCGUUUCAUUGCAAGACAGUUAUGUUCUUUACAAUCGAGAGAAUAUCCCCAGAGAAAUGGAGAGAAGAUCGUCUCAUAAGGUGCAUAGGAUAUUGUUUGCAAACACUGGAAUUUUUCUUGAUGAGAGGUCAUUGUCCACACUACAUCAUUCCUGAAGUGAACCUUUUCGAAGGAAAAAUCACUCGCCGAUACCAACUGUUAUUAUUGGAGAAGUUAAAAGAGAAUUUGAAUAAUAAUCUAAUGAUACUGUACGAUUUAAAGUACGAUAUCUUAGGACAAAGGUUUCGCAGUCCUACCAGCGACAUGUUUGAAACACGAUCAACCAUAUUUAGGAAGAUUAAUAAUGUUUUAGCAGGCGACUUAAUAAAAUGGGUUAGUAGUAGGUUUUUAAAUGUGGCGAAUAAUGAGGUAAAUCCUGAACAGUUUCUGCGAUUCUUCACUUUUAUAUCUAUUAUACCUGAGAAUGAUUACAUCAUACAUGUAUUAACUCGUUAUGAGCGACGGGCAAUUUCAGUGUUAAAGCCACUCAUUUACUCCUUCUUAGCAUCAGUUACUUCGUCAUUUUACAUACAACAUAAACUUCAGUUCACACAAGAAAUAUUUCAACUAUAUGAGCGUUCUCUUGACACUGACGUGACGUCCAGCAGACUGAAACUGGCCUCCAUGUUAUACUGCCGGGGAUACCUUAGAAGGGCGGUGGACGUGCUGAAUGACGUUGAACGUAGAUAUGACGAUAAUGUGCAUGCUGUGUGUGGGUGUGGGAGAAAGGUUCUAGGUAACGAACAUCCCGAUGUAUUUAGUGAACGUGCAAUUAACGAUUGGAACUAUGAAACAGUCAUACGUAAAGUUGCCCUCUGUGUAAAGUUUACAUGGUUUGAAGCUUUCUGUGUUCCACCAUUUUUGUUAUAUGAAAUGAACAGGGCAGUGAAUGACGACGUUCAACAUAGACAUAUAACUGAAAAAGCCUGGAUGGACAUGGCUGUGGCAGACUCUCGACAAUACCUCUUCUACCUGCAAUAUAUCACGUUCGGGAAACUGGGUCUUCGCCACAGACAAGUUCAGGCACACCUUAAUUUAUUGAAUUGUUUUAGAAACCAAGACAUGACAAAUACAAUGCACCACCCCGAGACUGCUUGCAACUUACUUGGCCACUGCUAUGAGAUGGAGGGAAACCUCGAGAUGGCGUUACUAAACUACAGUGUAUCAUUAUAUAAUUAUCCUCGAAAUAAUGCAGCCAACUGGCAUAUCAGAAGAUUAACUGGCAACCAAUAGAGUGUGUAAUGUACUUUCAAUGCGAACACCUCCAUGUAGAUAUUUAAUAACAUUCACUAUAAGUAUUUCUUUUAUUGAUAUAACCUUUUUGCGAAGUCCUUUAAAUAUCAGUUCAUUGUAUGUCCAUUUAUAAAGCUUUUUAAUUUUAAUGCUCCUGACCACAGUAUCAAUGAUUUUUCUUUUAUGCCAAUUGAUAAAAUUGAGAACAAUUGGAAACGAUUAUUAAAAGAGGGAAAAUGGAUGCACAUUCUUGGCACAGUCAUACCUAAUGGUAUGAAUUUAAAAAUAUUAUUUUAAUUCUUCUUGCAGAAUUUAAAAAAAAAUCACAAAAUUAAUCUGGUUUAUAACUGUUUUAACCUAUUUAAUGUUGCAUAGUUUAUUCUGGUUUAUUGAUGUUUGUUUAUGCAUUUAUAUUGCAUUCUACCAGUAUAAUUGUAUCUCUAUAGAUCCUAUAAGACAUUAUUUUGCGCAAAAAUGUAUGCUAUAUUUUGACGUUAUCAACGUUGACGUCAUUUGAUAUUGACGUCAUUUCCUGUUCAUUAUAUACAUACAACUUGAUGAAGGCCGAAUGGCCGAAACGUUGUUUCAUAAAGAAAUAAUUUGUGUUGAAGUUGGACUUCUUUAAUUAUCACCAUAAGAACAACUUAGAAAUGCUAAGAUCUACUAAGAGCUGAUUAAUACUACUACGAUCUUCUAACAUCAUAAAAUAACUACAAAGAUCUACUUAAAACUACUAAUAACUACUAGGAUCUAAUAAGAUCUACUUAGAUCUACUAAGAACUACUAAGAUCUACUAAAAACUACUACGAUUUACUUAGAACUACUAAGAUUUACUAAGAUCUAUUAAUUGCUACUUAGAGCUACUCAUAACUACUACGAUAUACUUAUAUCUACUUAGAACGACUAAUAACUAAUACCAGCUAACAGCUACUGAGAUCUAUAAAGAUCUUUUAAGACUUACUAAGAAUGACUAAGAUAUACUAAGGACUACUUAGAUCAAUUAAAUCAAUUAAGAACUACGUAGAACUUCCAAGAUCUACAAAGAUCUACUUAGUAUUGCUACAAACUACUAAGAAAUAUUAAUAUCUACUCAGAAUUACUUAAACACUACUACGAUCUACUAACAUCUACUUAGAACUUAUAAGAUUUACUAAGAUCUACUAAGAACUACUAAGUGCUCCUAAGACUUACUAUGAUCCACUAAGAACUACUUAGAGCUACUAUGAACACCUAAUUAUUUCUAAGAACUACUAAGAUUUACUUAGAACUACUAAGAACUACAAAUGCUAAGAUCUACUUGAUGUUACUUAAAACUACUACGAUCUACUAACAUCUUCAAAGAACUACUAAGAUCUACAAAGAGCUAAUAAGAACAACUAAGAGCUGCUAAGAAAUACUUAGAUCUUCUAAGAUCUACUUAAAACUAGUAAGAACUACUAAGAGCUACUAAGGUGACCUUAGACUUAUUAAGAAGUACUAAGAAAUACUAAUAUAUACUCAGAAAUACUUAAAACUACUAAGAUCUACAAAGAUCUACUAAAAACUACUGAGAUCUACAGAGACCUACAAAGAACUUCUAAGAACCACUCAGAACUAACAAAUCCUACUGAGAACUACUAUGUUCUACUAAGAACUACUUACAGAUACUAAGAACUACUAAGAACUACUUAGAACUAUUAAGAUAUACUAAGAUCUACUUAGAACUACUAAGAACUACAAAGAAGUGCUUAGAUCUACUAAAAGCUACUUAAAACUACAACGAUAUACUAACAUCUACUAAGAACUUCUAAGAUAUACUAAGACCUACUAAGAACUUCUAAGAUAUACUAAACACAAUUAAGGUAUUUGAAAAGAUAUCAAGGUAUAAUUGGUAGAUGUAUGUUUUCUUUUUCCAAUUAUAUAUUCCACACAGUCAUUUAUUUAUCUUUUGAUGAUAAUUGAACACAAGUUCUAUUAUUAUUAACAAAUAUUACCGUUUGAAAGAUCAUAAACAAUUUUAAAAGCUGCAAUUUGGGUCGGAGAUCAUAAACUUUAAUUCGGAUUAAAAACUGCACAUAUUGAAUUUUAAGAGAUUAAUUUGUCAUCUUUUCACUGGGCUUGAAACUCAAUGAUAUUCAUGUUUAAAUCUUGUUUUAAAGGAGCUUUUCCUGUUGCUUUUUU